AUGGCAACCAAACCCUCUCGAACAAUCCCUCCCGGCGUCCGCGACCCCUCCCGCCGCUGGAUCAGCAACAAAGUAAUGCAAGACCGCAUCCAGAUCCUCAAAUACGGCUACGAGACCACGGGCGCCAAAACCGAGGCCGUCCUUUGGUGCAAACCAGGCGGCGGCCCACCACUGCACUACCACUUAGCCUACAGCGAGAGAUUCACAGCUCGCACAGGCAACCUCAUCGUCUACGUCGAUGGCACCAAACACGUGCUUACCCCAGGCGAAAGCGCCACGGUGAAGCAAGGACAAGUGCAUCGCUUCACGGCGGAAGGGGACGAAGAGAUUGAGUUCUCGGGCGAGGUGUUGCCUAGUCACCCGGGUUUGAGAGGGGGCUGUAUAUAA